GGGGGCCGGAAGUAGCCCGGUGACCCCGGAACUACAACACGAGGGGGCUGCUUGUGGCUACUCUAAGAUGUCUUCCCUUGUUGCGCGCUCCUCACGAAGCCUUCCGACAAAGCGUUGACUUUUGUUCGGUUCUGUCGAACGUCCGUCGAACGUCCGUGGAACGUCCGUGGAACGACCCUUGAACGUUCGUGGAACGACCCUCGAACGUUCGUGGAACGUCCGCCGAACGUUCGUGGAACGUCCGUGGAACGUUCGGUCGCCGUGGCGGAGAUCAACAACAUCACCAUCAACAACAUCAUCAACAACACCAUCAACAACAUCAACACCAUCAACAACAUCACCAUCAACAACGUCACCAACAACAUCAUCACCAUCAACAACAUCACCAUCAAUAACAUCACCAUCAACAACAACCUCAACAUCACCAUCAACAACAUCACCACCAUCAACAUCACCACCAUCAACAAAAGCGUCAAGAACAUCGUCAGCUAACCAGGGCCCGUGAUGGCGGCGUGGUCCCAGAGCCCGCAGACCCUGGGGUCGCUGUGCGUGGAGGCCUGCUUGCGCAACCUCACACAGACGCUCUGCUACCGCGACACGGCAGGGGCCGCCGGUGGCCCCGGUGGCCCCGGUGGCCCCGGUGGACCCGGCGGCCCCGGUGCCCUGCGUCUCCGUCCGGACGUCUUCCUGCCCAGCGAGAUCGCAGACCGCCUGGUCAACGCGUUCGUGUCGCUGCACUCCCUGGAGGGCUCCGUGCACCACCACCACCACCAGGGCUUCCUGCGCGCCUUCUCAGAGCCGCGAGUGGCACGGCUGCAGCGUGUCUCCCUGCGCGAGUUUGACUUCUCUGACUCGGACCUGGACGCCCUGUGCAAUCAGGCCCUGGUGGAGCUGGACCUCACGCACUGCGAGCAACUCACGGCGAGAUCGCUCCGCUCGCUGCGCCGCUGCCGGCGCUCGCUCACCGCCCUGGCGCUGCUCGGCUGCCCCGGCGUCUUCUGCGAGCCUCGCGGCGGCGGCGGCGGCGGCGACGACUCGGCCGACGCCGGAGUCACCGGCCGAGUCGCCGGCGCCGGUGGCAACGCGGCCGGCGGCGGCGGCGGCGGCGGAGUCGUGGACGGAGCGCCGUACGCGCGGCCCGGCGAAGCGCCGCCGCCGCCGCCGCCGCCGCCGCCGCUCACCGGGAGGCACGGACACGACGGGGGGGCGCCGGCUGACGAGAGGAAGGGCGGCUCGGUGCCGUGGAUGGCGCUGGCACAGGACGCGUCUCUGGCCUGCUUUGAGCGCCUCCGCUUCGUGUCGCUGGGCGGCCUCCCGCGUGGCGUGGAUGUGGGCGGUGCGCUGGGCUCCCUGCCCGUGCUGGGCGCCCUGCGCCUCAGCAGCACGGAGCUGCCCGAGGACCCGUCCUUCCUGCUCCGCUGGCGCCCCACGUUGCGCUCCCUGGGCCUACACAACUGCGGGCCCACGCCGGCCUACCUGCGGGUCGUCUGCCUCCUCGCCGAGCUGCGGCACCUGGACAUCUCCCGUGACAAGGCGGUGGGCCAGCAGUGCGUGCCGCUGACGCGCGGGGCCCUGUGCGGCCUGGCACAGGGCCUGCCUCACCUGGAGGCCCUCGACCUCUCCGGCAACACCUUCGGCGACGGCUGCACCGUCGGUCCCGACGAGGAGGCGCCCUGCGCCGGCAGCACGCAACCUUCGGAUAGCAGCAUCGCUCCGUUCCGUCGCCGCUCUCAGCCGUUCCAGUUCCUGGGUUUGUUCGGCACGACGCUGUGCACCGUGAAGAACAUCCCGGCGCACGUGGUGACGGGCGAGGAGAGUGAGGCCCACGUGCUCAACGCCAUCGAGGCCUACACCGACCUCAGGCCUGAGGUAGCCUCCACCGCCAUCAACUGCCUCUUCGUGCUGGCACGGAUCUCCCGCUGCCAGCAGCCCCUACGGGCCCUGCAGCUGGUGGUGUGCGCCCUCCGUCGCCACCGCUACAACCGCCACGUGCAGGUGACGGGGAGUGCUGCUCUCUUCUACCUGACGGGCAGUGAGUAUCGCGCCGAGCACUCGGAGGCCCUUCGGCGGCAAGUCCUCUCUGUGGUGCUCAACGGCAUGGAGGCCUACCAGGAGGUUACCGUGCAGCGCAACUGCUGCCUCACGCUGUGUAACUUUGGCGUGCCCGAGGAGCUGGAGUUUGCGUACGGGCGUGCCACGCGCCUGCUGCUCGCCAUCUUGCAGCAGCCCACGCAGGACUCGGUGCAGCGGAUCGCCGUGCACCUCUGCAACGCGCUCGUGUGCCAGGUGGACCACGCGCACAAGGAGGCCGUCGGGCGCAUGGGGUUCGUGCGGACGAUGAUGAAGAUCAUCAGGUAUCGACUGCUGAGGAAGACGUGCGACCAGGUGAUGGAGUUCUCAUGGAGCGCUCUGUGGAACAUCACGGACGAGACUCCGGACAACUGCAAAAUCUUCCUGAUGCUCAACGGGAUGCCCCUCUUCCUCGAAUGCCUCCACGAGUUCCCCAGGAAGCAGGAGCUGCAUCGCAACAUGCUGGGCCUUCUGGGUAACGUGGCCGAGGUGAAGUCCCUGCGUCCCUUCCUCAUGACCACGCAGUUCGUCACCGUCUUCAGCGAGCUGCUGGAGAGUGACGCGGACGGCAUAGAAGUGUCGUACAACGCUUGCGGCAUGCUGGCACACAUGCUGCACGACGGGGAGGGCGCGUGGGGAGACGUGCGGCCCCCACGACACCUCGUCGCCCAGCGCAUGUGGAACGCCAUCGCCCGCUGGGACGCCACCUCGCGGCGCAACAUCAACUACCGGUCUUUUGAGCCAAUCCUGAGGCUCAUUCCACAGUCGGUGUCUCCUGUGAGCCAACACUGGGCAACCUGGGCCCUGUACAACCUCAUCACAGUGUACCCUGACAAGUACUGCCCGCUGCUGAUCGCCGAGAAUGGCCCACAGCUGCUGAUGGGCAUGCUGGACAGCCCCAGCACACACGCAGACACCAAGGAGAAGGCGAGGAAAGUGAUCGAGUUGUGCCGAGAUCAUCAGCAGUCUUAGCUGCCUCGGUGGUGGAGGUGGUGGAGGUGGUGGUGGAGGUGGUGGAGGUGGUGGAGGAGGGGGUGGAG